AUGGCAUCCCUUCCUGUCCUGCAGAGGGAGAGAGUGUUCCAAUUGGGAGCCCAUACCUACAGAAUCCCUGCUCUGCUCUACCUGCCUCUGCAGAAGACCCUGCUGGCCUUCGCUGAAAAGCGGGCGAGCAAAAAGGAUGAGCAUGCAGAGCUGAUUGUCCUGCGCAGGGGAGACUAUGAUGCGGUCACCCACCAGGUCCAGUGGCAAAUGCAGGAGGAUGUGACCCAGGCCCAGCUGGAGGGCCACCGCUCCAUGAACCCAUGCCCCUUGUACGACGAGCAGACAGGAACCCUUUUCCUCUUCUUCAUCGCCAUCCCGGGACAGGUCUCUGAGCAACACCAGCUGCUCACCAGGGUCAACGUGACACGACUAUGCCAAGUCACCAGCACUGACCAUGGGAGGACCUGGAGCCCCGCCAGAGACCUCACCAGCUCUGCCAUCGGCCCAGCCUACAAGGAGUGGGCCACCUUUGCAGUGGGCCCGGGGCACUGUCUGCAGCUGCACAACAAGACCCGGAGCCUGGUAGUCCCUGCCUAUGCCUACCGGAAACUUCACCUCCUCCGAAAGCCGACCCCCUUUGCCUUCUGCUUCCUCAGUCAUGACAGUGGACACACAUGGGAGAGAGGGAACUUUGUGGCCCAGGACACCCUGGAGUGUCAAGUGGCUGAAGUCGGGGCUGGGGAGCACAGAAUGGUCUACCUCAACGCUAGAAGCCUCCUCAGAGCCAGGGUCCAAGCCCAGAGUACCAACGAUGGGUUCUAUUUCCAGGAGGUCCGACAGGUGAAGAAGCUCGUGGAACCUCCCAAUGGCUGCCAGGGCAGCGUCAUCAGCUUCCCCAGCCCCCACUCAGGGUCAGACUCAGCCCAGUGGCUGCUGUUCACUCACCCCACCCACCCCCAACAGAGGUCUGACCUGGGUACCUACCUCAACAAGCAGCCCCCAGUCUCUGAGGCCUGGUCAGAGCCAGUUCUGCUGGCCAAGGGCAGCUGUGCCUACUCAGACCUCCAGAAUAUGGGGAUUGGUCCCGAUGGGUCCCCCCAGUUUGGGUGUCUGUAUGAAGCAGAUGACUCUAAGGAGAUUGUUUUCCUCUUGUUCACCCUGAAACAGGCCUUCCCGGCUGAAUUUAUGCCUCAAUGA